UGCUUGACUGGCCCACCCACUCCGCGGCUGGUGGCCGGAGGUGCGACUAGCACUAGGGAAAAGGCCUGGAGCCGGGUCGCCAAGGGUUAUCCGACCCCUUCCCGGCACCCUGAGACGCGCGGAACGAGGAUGGAGGGCACCCUCGUUCCACUGUUGGAAGAGCCCUUCCCUGCUUAGUCCUUACCUGCGGCCCUUUCAGCUGUGACCCCCAGGGUCGAGUACAUGCAGGUCAUCUGUGGCCAGGAUGAUGGUCCCCCUGGCUCAGAGGACUCUGAGCAUGAUGACCAUGAGGGCCAGCCCCGGCCCCGGGUGCCUCGGAAGCGGGGCCACAUCUCACCUAAGUCCCGCCCCAUGGCCAACUCCACUCUCCUAGGGUUGCUGGUUCCACCUGGGGAGGCUUGGGGGGUCCUUGGGCAGCACCCCAACCGCCCAAACCACACCCCACCACCCUCGGCCAAGGUGAAGAAAAUAUUUGGCUGGGGUGACUUCUAUUCCAACAUCAAGACAGUGGCCCUGAACCUGCUCGUCACGGGGAAGAUAGUGGACCACGGCAACGGGACCUUCAGCGUCCACUUCCGCCACAAUGCCACGGGUCAGGGCAACAUCUCCAUCAGCCUUGUGCCCCCCAGCAAAGCUGUGGAGUUCCACCAGGAACAGCAAAUCUUCAUUGAAGCCAAGGCAUCCAAAAUCUUCAACUGCCGGAUGGAGUGGGAGAAGGUAGAGCGGGGCCGCCGGACCUCCCUCUGCACCCACGACCCAGCCAAAACCUGUUCCCGAGACCAUGCGCAGAGUUCAGCCACCUGGAGCUGCUCCCAGCCAUUCAAAGUCGUCUGCGUCUACAUUGCCUUCUACAGCACAGACUACCGACUGGUCCAGAAGGUGUGCCCUGAUUACAACUACCACAGCGACACCCCCUACUACCCCUCUGGGUGACCCUGGGCAGGCCACAGAGGCCAGGCCAGGGCUGGAAGGACAGGCCUGCCGGUGCAGGAGGCCAUCUGUCUGGAUGCUGGGCAGGGAAAGGGAUGGGCCUCAAGGCAGGGAGGGGGGUGGAGAGAAGGAGAUGCCAGGUGGGGCCAGGACCAAGUCUCUAGUGGAGGGGAAGGGUCCCCAGUGCUGGCCCCAACCCGAGGUUGUGGAGCUACUGGAACCCAGGAGCACUGGAGGAGGAGUGGGCUCUGGGCACCCUACAGGGCUUCCCAUUGAGCCGAGGCAGAGGCCAGCCCUGAGCAGGCAGAUCAGGAUGGUCCCAGAUCAAGUCAUGGAGAAGUCCCUGGCUCCCUCCUGGCCAUCCUGAGAGAAGAUAGCAUCAGGCGGUGUGGGGGGGGGGGUCAUCAGUGGAUGCACCAAGUAAUAGCUCGGGAUGGCUGGCUGAGGCAAGGCUUCCUUGGAGCCCAUGGAAGGCAGCUCUAGCCCCUUUCCUGCACAGAGAACAGCAGGAGACUCAAGUGGUCACCAGGAGGGCUUUGAGGUUUGGACAAAUAGACCAUCGGCCUGCAGCCAGCCACCCCUUUCCACAGUGCCCUCUCCUGCCAGCACUCUGCUCUCUCACCCACCCUCUUGCUGAUAGCACACCAUUCUCAAACUGAGGACGGUGGUGGUCCUCCUAGCACUAAGGCCAUGGGUGGAAGACCACCUGUGUGCUGUGUCCCUCCUGCACUGCACCCCCUUCUGAGAGUGGUCCCUCAAUAGUCAGCCCCACCUGUCAGACUGCACCUCUCCUGAUAGGGACGAGCCUGGGGUAGGACGGAGGGCAUGCUGGGUCUGUUCCCUAGUGUCUGUCUGUG